AUGGACGCUAUUCUGAAGACAUUAUUCUCCUCGGAGGAGCAAGAAGUGUACGCUUUGGAUUGUUUAUCGUACUUGAUUAUGGUUAUGGCAUUCAUAACUUUUGUGACUUUACUCUUUGAGCACGUGCCCUAUGGCAGAUAUGCAUCCAGCAGGUAUGGAUUCCCUGUGAAUGUUCAGUUCGCCUGGUUUGUUCAGUAGCUGCCGGCUCUUCUGGUGCUGAGUUUGGUGCUAUGGAGUCUAUGUGCAAAGAUAAUGCACCGGCCCAACCAGCUACUUCUGCUCAUGUUCAUUUUCCAUUAUUUGCAAAGGUAUGAUUUUUCCUUGUUAUACAACAUAAAAAAUGAAAAAAAAAAAAAAUUCAUUACAAUUUUUGUCCUGGCCUUUGUCUUCUGCAUUUAUAAUGGGUACCUGCAGGCAAGAUACCUGAGUCACUAUGCAGAUUACCCACCUGGUUGGGUUACACAUCCCUAUUUCAUCACAGGGUCUUGUAUGUGGUUCCUGGGAUGCAUCAUUAAUAUUCACUCUGACUAUAUUCUCAGGUACCUCCGUAAGCCUGGAGAGACAGGCUAUAAGAUACCUAGAGGGGGCAUGUAUGAGUAUGUAUCAGGAGCAAACUUCUUUGGGGAGAUUGUGGAGUGGACUGGAUUUGCUCUGGCUGGUCACUCGGUCCAUAGUGCAGCUUUUGCUCUCUUCACUCUCAUUGUGCUGUCCAGCAGAGGAAUGGCCCACCACAAGUGGUAUCUCACAAAAUUUGAAGACUAUCCUAAAUCAAGGAAAGCUUUAAUACCGUUUGUGCUCUGAUCCUGUGGUAAGCCCAUAUGCCACACUUCCACAGAAACAAUAUUAUCAUCUUUUGCCCAUUAUAAUUGCACAACAAAUAUUUUAUUAAUGCUUCAUAUUUUACGGUUUUCAAGGGAAGUGCUAUCAUAAUGUACAGAGACUGGCGCAUCGAGCAUUACACAAUAACAAUAACUCAAUUCUACAAGACAAAUAAUUUAUUUAUAUUAUAUAGCAGCACGCACAUUUAUGAAGUGCAAAAACAGCAUUACUAUAAGAGAUCAUACAGUGUCUGAGAUGAGAUGAGAUACACAAGGCAGGCAGCUGCUGCCAUAAUCCAGACGUUCCCUAUUAACCACCUCUUCUUCAAGACAGUAACAAAAUAUGGACUUUCUGAUCGUGAUGGAUACAAGGCUGUCCAAGCUCAGAAAACGUGAGGAAACGAAUGAUUUAUCUGCUGAAGAGAGAGAACUUUUAACCAUGUACUGCAAGUGUGACAAUAGCAGAACCAUUAAUCAUGUUAUACACACAUCUGUUCUAAAAU